GUACAACGUCAUUGCAUGCAUGCAAUAUACAUCCUAAAAACAAUAAGAGACAAUUCUCACAUAAUUAGAAAGAAUAACAUCAUCAGGUGUUGAGCAAGCAUGGGGCCUUCCAAGCAGCACAUUAGUGUAACUUUUCUAGUGUCAUUGUUGAUCUUUACUCUUUCAUCAGCGGAUCCCUCAAUUGAAUAUAUGUCCUACGAUGAUGAUGCUAUAUCAUCUAUACUGAAGCCAAUGGCGCCUCCACCGAAGUCGCCGCAUCCUCCUGCGCCAGCGCCAUCCAAGCCGACACAUGCAUCGAAAGCUCCUGCCCCCGCACCAUCCAAGCCAACACAUGCAUCAAAGGCUCCCGCACCCGCACCAUCCAAGCCGACACAUGCAUCAAAAGCUCCCGCACCCGCACCAUCCAAGCCGACACAUGCAUCAAAAGCUCCCGCACCCGCACCAUCCAAGCCGACACAUGCAUCAAAAGCUCCCGCACCCGCACCAUCCAAGCCGACACAUGCAUCAAAAGCUCCUGCCCCCGCACCAUCCAAGCCAACACAUGCAUCGAAAGCUCCUGCACCCGCACCUUCUAAGCCGACACAUGCAUCAAAAGCUCCCGCACCCGCACCAUCCAAGCCGACACAUGCAUCAAAAGCUCCCGCACCCGCACCUUCUAAGCCGACACAUGCAUCAAAAGCUCCCGCACCCGCACCAUCCAAGCUGACACAUGCAUCAAAAGCUCCCGCACCCGCACCUUCUAAGCCGACACACACACCAAAAGCUCCUGCUCCCGCACCAUCCAAGCCGACUCAUGCAUCCAAAGCUCCCGCGCCCGCACCGUCCAAGCCGACUCAUGCCUCAAAAGCUCCCGCGCCCGCACCAUCCAAGCCGACACAUACACCUAAAGCUCCCGCGCCAGCACCAUCCAAGCCCACACACGCAUCGAAAGCUCCCGCACCUGCACCUUGUAAGCCGACACUCACACCAAAAGCUCCCGCACCCGCACCAUCCAAGCCAACUCAUGCGCCGAAAGCUCCCACGUCCGCUCCAUCCAAGCCGACGCACACACCUAAAGCUCCUGCACCCGCACCAAAGCCAACACAUGCAUCAAAAGCUCCCGCACCCGGACCAUGCAAGCCAACACAUACACCAAAAUCUCCCGCGCCCGCACCAUCCAAACCCACACAUGCAUCGAAAGCUCCCGCGCCUGCACCAUCCAAGCCAACUCAUACAAUGAGAUUGGCACCACAUCGACCUGCACCCUCACCAAGGGCACCGUUGCAUACACCCCCACCAGCACCAAAGCUCCCACCACCAACACCAAAGCUUGGACGGAGGCUUGCAUUAUUGCCACCACAUCCAUCACCCAAGCCGGCACCUAAGCCAGCUCCAAAACCGCCAACUCCAAAGAGUAGCUAAAUCAUAUAUGCGCUUAUUUAAUAUUGAAUGUCUCCCUACGUCUAAAUAAAUUAAGAUUGAAAUAAUGCAAACUCAAUGUGAGUUGCUUGUGGUGUUAUUAUUACCUCGAUCGCCAUGGUGGCGGGGUUGUAUACUUGUAUUAAAGGAAAUUCUUGAAUCAUACUUGGUUGUAAACUUUCAAGUUCUCUCAUCUCGUGUUUAAUCAUUUAUUCUUUUAUUGGGACUAAAUAUGUCCUAUUUUCGGAAAUAAAAUAUACGUAGUCG